CAUAACGAAUGGAAAACACGGUCGGACUGUGGCGCGAGUCAUAGCCUGUCUGUGUACACAUGAAUUGUUUUCAAGCCAUUGCGCCUCAACUAAAGAAUUACAUCUCGUUUACCGAUUCCGCAUUCUGAAAUAAACAUUUCAUCUUCCAGAUAUAACAGCUGAAUAUUCCAUUUCCCAGGAGAAAAAAAAUAAGCAUGCCGCGGAGAAAGAGGAACGCCGGGAGCAGUUCUGAUGGGACUGAAGACUCAGACUUCUCUGCUGAUCUCGAGCACACCGACAGCUCCGAGAGCGACGCGAACACACGGCGGAACACGCGGCUCACCCGCGCCUCGGUGCGCCUCAGCCAAAGCUCUCAAGAUUCCAGCCCGGUGCGGGACCCGCCGGCCCUGGGCCCGGAAGAGGUUGCCUUUUCCACCAGGCGAGUGACCCGUAGCCAGCAGCAGGGGGCGACGGUCACCCCCAAGAAAUACCCCCUGCGGCAGAGUCGCUCGUCCGGGUCGGACACGGAGCAGGCGGUGGACUUCUCGGACCGGGAUCUGAAGAACGCGGUGGACCAGGACGAGUCUCCGCCCCGCACUCCCACGGGGAACGCCCCCUCGUCGGAAUCGGACAUCGACAUCUCCAGCCCCAACGCCUCGCACGACGAGAGCCUGGCCAAGGACCUGUCGCUCAAGGACUCCGGCAGCGACCUCUCCCACCGGCCGAAGCGCCGCCGCUUCCACGAGAGCUACAACUUCAAUAUGAAGUGCCCUACGCCAGGCUGCAACUCCCUGGGUCAUCUUACAGGGAAGCACGAGAGGCACUUCUCCAUAUCUGGCUGUCCCCUCUACCAUAAUCUCUCUGCAGAUGAGUGCAAGGUGAGAGCCACCUCACGUGACAAGCAGGUGGAAGAGCGGACACUGUCUCACCGACAGGACGAAAACAGACAUGCCACUCGCCACCAGGCCCCAACAGAGAGACAGAUGAGGUACAAGGAGAAGGUGACUGAAAUGAGGAAGAAGAGGAACGCCGGGCUGCUGAAGGAGCAGAAGGAGAAGUAUAUGGAGCAUCGGCAGAUCCAUGGCAACACGCGAGAGCCCCUGCUGGAAAACAUCACAAGUGAUUAUGACCUGGAGCUCUUUCGAAAAGCCCAGGCACGUGCUUCGGAUGAUCUUGAGAAACUGCGUCUCCAGGGCCAGAUCACGGAAGGCAGCAACAUGAUCAAGACCAUCCUGUUCGGCCGCUACGAGCUGGACACCUGGUACCACUCGCCCUACCCGGAGGAGUACGCCCGCCUGGGCCGCCUCUACAUGUGCGAGUUCUGCCUCAAGUACAUGAAGAGCCAGACCAUCCUGCGCCGGCACAUGGCGAAGUGUGUGUGGAAGCACCCUCCUGGGGACGAGAUCUACCGAAAGGGAGCCAUCUCUGUCUUUGAGGUGGAUGGGAAGAAGAAUAAGAUCUAUUGCCAGAACCUGUGCCUGCUAGCCAAGCUGUUCCUCGAUCACAAGACACUCUACUACGAUGUGGAGCCCUUCCUCUUCUAUGUCAUGACCGAAGCGGACAACACGGGCUGCCAUCUUGUUGGUUACUUUUCCAAGGAGAAGAACUCCUUCCUGAACUACAAUGUCUCCUGCAUCCUGACCAUGCCUCAGUACAUGAGGCAGGGCUACGGCAAGAUGCUGAUCGACUUCAGUUACCUGCUGUCCAAGGUGGAGGAGAAAGUGGGCUCCCCUGAGCGGCCCCUCUCUGACCUGGGCCUCAUCAGCUACAGGAGCUACUGGAAGGAAGUGUUGCUGCGCUACCUGCACAACUUCCAGGGCAAAGAGAUCUCCAUCAAAGAGAUCAGCCAGGAGACGGCAGUGAACCCGGUCGACAUUGUCAGCACCCUGCAGUCCCUCCAGAUGCUCAAGUACUGGAAGGGGAAGCACCUGGUCUUAAAGAGACAGGACCUGAUCGAUGACUGGAAAGCUAAGGAGGCCAAGCGAGGCAGCAGCAAGACCAUCGACCCCACCUCUCUAAAAUGGACCCCGCCCAAAGGCACAUAGACCCCCAGCCGCCAGGUUCCCCCGUGCAGAACACCUCAAUGAAACAGUGUUAUUCCGCUUGCAAUCCUGUCAGUAGUAGAUAUAGAGCCACCGCAGCCACCGGGAGGGAGGGACAUCUCCAAGACGACCGCACCGGUCACUAGGGGCGUGACCAAGGGAGUGGGAUCUCUCUUGUUUUUGUUUGUUUCUUCCUGUCUUUCUGUGGAUUGUAAGACUUAUUAUUUUACCUUUUUUUAAUAUGUAACCUUCCACAGUCUAUUUUUCCUCAGUUGCUUUUGUUUCUCGGUUACCCAUUUCACUUAGUUGCGUUUCAGAUUUUUUAAAACCGUUUUUAAGAUUGCCAGUUUUGCGAGUUUAAAAUUCAAAUUAUUCCUCCCCUAACAAGGAGAAGUAAGAUAAAAUUCCCUGUGUUCUACACCUGUUUCUUCUCUCCUGUGUGCAAGCUAAAUAUACAUAACCGUACAAGGUACCUGUUUUGGCCUUGAAACAUUUUUCUAGAUUAACUGAAAUAUCAAAGAGCUGCCAGGGCACAAUAAAUCAGAACCCUUAACCUGGAGGAGCACUUCAUGAAUCGGAAAGGACUAAUUUUCAGCCAUUUAAGGGAAAUGGAUGUUUUUAGACUGAAUUUAUUUUAUCACAUCUUGAUGAAUGCCUCUGACAUUGACAAGAUGAGUUUUUGGGUCGUACCCCUGACCCUUAAUUGUUGUUCGUGCAUGUUUAUUUGACCUGAUUGGACUUGUUUAAUUUUCAAUUACUUUUAAGCUAACAUGGAAAUGUUAAUUUUCUUUGUCAGUGUUAUGAAACAGACAAAUAUGAGGCAAGUACUUUGACAGAUUUCAGACAUCUAAGACCGAGACUGAGGUGGCAGUUGUAUUUUUAUUUGUUCGAAGGAUAGCACUCUUCUUGUGUUGUGACCCCCCCAUGUCAUCAGGCGAUACUUUUGCCAGUGUUUAGUUUGUGCUGUGUGACUCGUCACUAGGUCGCAGCUGGUAGAUUAAGGCACACAGUCUGAGUUGCAAUAUGCCACUAAUGAAGUCAUCCUCACCAGCCUCAUCACUCAGCCCAAAAUACCUAACCUGCAUACAUAACCUGUGCUGGUUGCAAAAUACUUUUCAUCAGUGAAGAGAAAGGAUACAUAGAAAUAUGUAAAAGACAAUCUGCCUGAGAGAACUGUGUUAUAAAAGAUGGUAGAUAGGGAAUGUAUCCGGUCGAAGUAGGUGAAUGGUGUGACAUUUCAGAUAAGACUAAUAAUACCAUUGAUCUUAAAGAACCUUUAUUCCAUUUUUCCCCCCAUUAAAAUACAUGACACAAGUUUACCACUGAGUUUUUCUCAAUGGAUAUUGAUUGCUUGUAGGCUUGCACUCAAGGGAGUAGGGCACGUUUCCAUUUGUAUUGAUUAGAAGAUUAUGCUCUGAGAAACGUCAUACAUUUUUUAAAGAUCUCGUUCAUCAGAGGCUUUUCGCCUCAUUAACCCAAUAUCAGGCUGAAGUACUUACGGUGUGGAACCUAUUUGCAUUUGGAAGAGCUGACUCAGACCUUCCCUGCUCUUCCUCAAGCCUGGCUCUGUGCUGUCUCUCGUCUAUUAGGAUUGCACCCCCUCUGUUCCUUGCAAAAUAGUGUAUGCCACUGUUGGCCAGCACCUCUCUUUCUGUUGCUAUUUUUAGGCAGAAGACUUUUGUGAGUGAUGACAGUGUUUGGAAAAUGCUGAAUUGUUGGGUCUGUGAAGCGCAUUAGGAGUGCGCUGAAUGGAACAGUGUGGUACCCAGGGCUGUGGAAGAAGCCCCGUCUCACGCUUCUGUUGUACUGCCCUACACGACAUAAUACGACGUAAUUAUUGACUUUCCCCAAAUGUAUUUGGUUAUGUUGACUGAGGAUUCAUUUGUUCCUUUGUACUGAGACUUGAUGCUAUUUGCCUUUGUGCUGGAUGUUCCUCUCCUUCCCGGUGGCUAUGUAGUGUGCAGAAGCACUCAUUUGUGAGCUUAGGACAUUUAAACUGUAUCUGAAGGUAGUGUUGUCUCUUGGCACAAUAAAAACUUGGACGUUGUGAAUUUUCCUCCUGGAUGCUAACAGAACGAGCAGAAA